AUGGCAUCCAGCCAUUUGUUUCUUUUACUCUCUUUGUCCAAUUUUGUCUUGAAAAUUGAAGCCACCCAUUACAAAACCUUGAUGGUUGAUAAAAAUGCUUCGCCAGAUGAGAUUGACGAUGCAUUUUAUGAAAGGAAAGAGAAAAAUCGAAAUGCCAAACAGAGCGAUAAAGCUUUCAUUGAAAAUUUGGAAAAAUUGUCUGAAGCUCAUUCUGUUCUGAGCGAUAAAACAAAAAGGGAAGAAUAUGAUAGUGAACUUGCUAAAAAUAAAGGAAAAUCUAAGGAAGGAGAAAGUUCAAAUGCUGGAAUGCAAAAAGCCGAAGAGACGCAAGGUUUAUUAAAUGUUGCGAUCCUCCACAAUUUGGUGGAGGAUCGCAUCGUUUAA